AUGAUCUGGGCAUCAAUGAAACGCAAAGUAGCUGAGGUAAAUAUUGGCAAACCAGCCAAUCAAAUGCCAGAAAUGGUACAGGAAGCUUUUAAUUCCAUUCCCGUCGAAGAAUGGCGCAAUCAUUGUGCCCACGUUAAGAAACUUGAAGAAGAAUACAGAAGUAAAGAUGGAUAUUUGGAUGCACCUUUCAUCGUGGAAUUAUGCUCUGAGAGUGAAGAAAGCAGUGAUGAAGAUUCUCAAGAUGAAAGUGAUGAAGAAUUUAAUAGCAUUGAACCUCUCGCCAUAGUUCAUGCAAAACAUAAUUAUAGUAAAAAAAUUUGA